AUGGGUGUAGUAAGUGGACGCCUUUUAAAGGCUUGCCAUAAUCAGCUCGACUUCGUGGACCGCACGACGGUCAGGCUCAAACGCAUCCUACCAGAACAACCUGCUCUCCCACCUAGCCAAGUAGUCAGUUUCAGUGAUGAAGAAUCCAUCGCCACGACGGCCUCCACCGACGCCUUGGUCACAGCUCAGCCCUCUGGUGACGCCGUCGAAGGGGGUCAGCCGUCUCCCCCGAAACCGGAAAUCCGUUUAAGCGACACGAAUUACCGCCUCUACAGCGUGGUUUACCAUCAAGGCGGAACUGAGCGGGGUCACUAUACGGCCCGAUGUCGACUGUCGACCCCUCCGCAUGAUGGCUGGUUCUUUUUUGAUGACGAAAAUGUAUCCCGUGUUGCCGAUGCAAAUGACGUCAUCCAACCUACAGCAUACAUCCUGUUCUACGAGCGAAUACUUGAAAAUGAGGUGGAGUGCUCCAGCCCAACUUCGAGUCCCGCCAAGGAUUCGGCCAAAUCUGCCUGCGAAGACGUCGACUCGUCCCAGGAUGUCGUCAUAUGGGAAAGUGUAGUCUGA